AGAGCACAGAAGCAUAAGCACCAACGUACGCUUUCUUUCGUUGUCACUACUUCAUUAAGAAGGAGGCAAAUACACCUCUCUCUGCAGUUUUGCUUACCGACACCCCCUUCUGUACCACCCAGAAGGGUGUCGUUCCCUUUUUCUGGUCCAGCUGGACCCCCUAAACACACAGCAACUUCUAAUUACGCUGUUGCUUGCUCUUCAUCAACAGCACCAGUAUUGGCCUUUUCUCUUUCAAAUUUCAUCAGCGACGAUGCUAUCCUCAUCCUCACCACAGGAUGUGCGUAAAACCGCGAAACACGCGGAACUCCGCUUGCAAGUGGCACUCCAACGGGUAGAGGCGUGCCGCAGAUCUCAACAUCACGAUAAUGUCGCCAGAUCAAAUGCAGCUGCUGAAAAGACCACAACGCACUCUCCAAUACCAGCAGCUGAUGCUCCGCCAGAAGCACCACGAGCUAUUACGAUGGAAUGGCCGCUGGCCCCUCUCACACAGCGGGCAAAGGAGAAAAAGGCGCGGGAUGCGCUGCGGCAACGUCGUCGCGCCGCUCGGCAAACCAUCGCAGCGGCAGCACGAGAAGCUCCGAUGUCCGCCGCUGAUGUAAUGCGCAACACCCUUUCUCAACCAUUCGGCGUGAUGGCGGCACGUCUGCUGUCGGCAGCCACCGCUGGUGCUCCCUCCCUCUUCUCUGAACACAUCGCACCUCCACACGAGGAAGCGAUGACGGCCACCACACACAACGUUGUCUCCCCUCUUCUCACUCAUCUUUCCAAUCCCAACGUAAGCAACACAGCAGUAUCAGCAGCGUUAGGGUCAGCAGGUGCUACGACACUCAUCCCCUCACCGUCUGGCUCACCGCACACAAGCACGAAGCAAUUUGCUUCGCCUCACGCAGACCGCCGCCACCGCCACAGUGGCCAUCAUCGUUGUCACCGACACGACGGCUCGCUGUCUCCAUCACCCAUGCGUUUCUCUGCUCCUCACGGCAGUGCCGACGCGAACCUGCACCCCUCCCUUCGUGCCCUGUCCACUACUCCGCUGUCGCCACGACCUGACAACGUUGCCGCUGAUGCGGAGUGGUAUCGCGCCCCGCAUGAGCACCGAGAUCGACCCUACCACUCUCUCCUGUCGUUGCGGGCGGGGGCGUCACCGCCAAAGGUCAGCCAGCCACACCUCCAUCGUCACCACCAUCACUCCGGUCACUGUCGGCACUCGCAGUCCUCUUCCAAGCCGAUCGCUAUGAGCAGUGCAGCAAAACCGGAUUCGUUGCGCUCGCCCGUCGCGCGGACACGCAGUACGCCGACCUCUGCGCUGUCGCCAUCGCACCAACUCUUCCGCAACAGCCCUAUUUCUUUUCUGGCUCGCACGUUCGGCGGUGGAGGCACGGGCGACAUCAGCAGCUCUGCGAUGGAGGACGAUCGACCGCAGAGGAUAGUCGGGCCGUCGCAGCACUCGAAGGCACCCGAUGCCUUAGACUCUUCUGCUACUGUUCGUGCUACUGCUGAUGGUGGCGGUAUCCAGGCAUUUUUCUCAACGUCUCCGUCCUUUACCGGGCACCUCCCUACCCCUCCGCAACGAUUGCAUUCGAGGGCGUCGUCGUGUUCGUGCUCGUGUUCGUGCUCGUGCGCCGGCAGCAGCUGGACGGCUUCCGACUCCUACGCAUCCAGUUCGAUGCCCUCCCUCGACGUGACAGUCUGCCCGAUGACCGCGCCGGGACCCGACGGUGCCUACCACCCACACGUGCCGCUGCCGUCGCUGCUGCGCUGCUACGGCGACAGCGAGACGCGCAACCUCUUCCACGGCGCCCCGUCCACCUCCUCCGAUGGUACGGAGAGUCGCUCGGCGACCCCCUUUUCAUCAGAGUGGUCGGCCGGCGCGUCCAGCACCAAUGCCGAUCUCACGCUUCCCGCUGCAGCCGCAGCAGCCGACGCACCCUCCGACGACCCUUUAGUGUCCCCCGCAGAGGCUCAGCUGACGGAGGCAGACACAGUAAACGCGAAUCAGCAUCCCUCACCCGACGAAGGCAUGCGACAACGGCGCGCUUCGCCGCGCAGCCCGCACCACCAUCGCCAUCUCGGCAACUCGGUGGCGUCGCCCAACACGCAAACGCAACUGAGCAUUCUCACGGAGAUGGAUGCGAUUGACAAAGGGCGGGUGGCGCCUUACGUGUCCUACCUCUUUGCACCAGAGGCUCGCGUCGUGGAUCUUCGGCACGUGGAGGGGCAGAUGCUGCCGCAGCGCGAGCCGUCGUCGUCGCCAGUGGCGGCCACCUGCGUUCACUUCUACCACGCUGGCGACGCGUACCUUGUGGGGACGUCUUCCGGCUUUCUGUGGCGGGUGCCGGCGGGUGGAGGGCAGGAGGCGGUGCGGGCGACGCCGCUGGGCAGCCUGUGGCCCCCGCACGCACCGGCAGGAGUGAACGCAGCGACGGACGGUGUUGGUGUUGGUGCACGCAGCGCGACACAUGCCUUCUCUGCCAGCAACACGGCGACGGCCACCGGUGGCGCCUCCAACGCCGUCCCCAACGGUCUAGGCGGAGUCCUGCCGGAUGGUGCGGCUGCCGCCGCUUCUGCGUUGUCGUCGCAGCCAGUCCCGCUGUCAGGCCACACAGCCGCUAUCCUCUCCAUCGCCUUCAACGAUGACGGCACCCUUUACGCGACCACCGGCCUGGACGGCUGCGUCAUUGUGUGGAAGGCUAGCACGUGCGCAAAGCUGCGCCGCAUCAGCGCCGUAUGGGCAAACGCCUCCGCGGUGCAGCGCGCGCCGCAUCUCGUGCGCUUUAUGCCGCAGAACAACAAUUAUUUGCUUGUCAGCUAUGUAGACAGCAGCGAGCUGCACCUCUACAACAGUUCCACGGGGCUGCCGGUUACGAACGUGGCGGGCACGGGGCUUACACAGUUAACCGCCAGCGGCAGCGUUAGCAGCGGAGGAGGGACAAUGAGAUCCAAAAACUUAUUGAAAAGCGGUAGCAAGCCAAGUAAAGGAAACGGGGGAGGCGGCGCGAUCACCGCCCUUGCCGUCGAUUUAAUCGCGUCGCCAUUCUUUCUCUCGGGUGACGGAGAUGGCACGGUGGCGCUGUGGACGUAUCGUGCAGGGGACCUGGUCAUAUGGCCCACUCUGCGAGCGACGUCCACAUCUUCCACGAGCGGCGGCAGUGGCGGUGCGGCGCGGCACUCGCACAGUCGAUCGUACGUGACGGAUCCCCUCAACCCCCAUUCCAACAGCGGACGCGACGACGGAUCGUCCGCUGGCAGCGGCGCCAUCUUCGUCACCCCGCUCUACCAACUGCCAGAGCUGCGGCGGGUGGCGGCGUGUGUGUUGCCGGCGCACGCCGGUGGCGUUGCCGCGAUCAGCGUGAGCGUUCUCUACGCCGCGCAGCUCCACAGUCUCUUCCGCCCCUGCGGCUCGCCGUCCAAGGCGGCACGGGUUGCUGCGGCAGCCGAGGCGAAUGACGAAAGGGCAGGUGAGGCCACGGCUCGUGCCGGGGGACGUCUGCACCAGCCACCGGAGGCCACCGCACAGGUGUUGCACGCUGCUGCCGUGCAGAACCGUGCGUGUCGCGCCGAGCUCGACGCACGAAAGGCGGAGGUGGAAGAAGCCGCUGCGACGGCCGGCAACGCCGCGGCCAUUCGCAGUCGCCGCGACACACACACAAGGAGCUUAUCCAUGUUGAAGCACGGCGGCGGCGACAGUGCCACCGCUACGCGCACGAACAGCGGUGGGGUGAGCAGCAGUGGCACUACUAGUAGCAGCUUCCCGCACGUCCUCGCUGGGCUGCCGUCGCGGCUGUCUGACACCUUCUCCGCGUUGUGGGGCGGUGGGGGUGGUAAUAACGGGAGCCACGGUGGAGCUCCGUCGUCGUCCGCCACGACGACGGCGGCGCGUCGCGCAGACUCGUCACUCGCCUUACCAAAGUCGUCUACGGCUUCUGCGGGUGCUAGCAGCUUCGACCCCGCCGCUAUGACGGAGAAGGAGUUGCUGAAGCAGCUCCGCGGUGAUGCGUUGGAUGUGGUGUGUCCGCUGCUCAUCUUGGUCACCGCACCGUGCGACACGGUGUACGCGCUGGGUCUGCUGCUGCAGCUGCAGCGCGGGACUCCGCCACACAGCAACAGUAGCAACGCAGGUGGUGGUCACCACCACAGCAGUGUUGCCAAACCCACCGUCAGCUACCGACUCUAUCCGCUUCUCAAGACGACAGGACCCAGUCGCAUGCGACAUGUCGGCGUCGGUGCGGUGGCCUCGCCCGACAACCGCCGCCUCGUCGUCGUUGCUGCGCCGUGCGAGGAGGGCUUCGUGCGCGUACUCCCGCUUCUGCGCAUCGAGGCGGCUGCAGAAGCAGCAGCGCCAACGACGCCGACGCCGACAACGAAGGCAGACGCCACUGCGCCCGGUCCAGGAAGCGGCACGACGAGGAAUGGAGGGAGUGAGGCAACGCGGAUGAACAAGAAGCACGUGCUGGCGACGCUGCCGAUGCCCUACGGCGGUCGCUGCACCGGCAUCGCGUGGUCGCCGACCGGCCGUUUCCUUGUCGCUAUCACUGCGGAAGGCGUCAUCUACGAGUGGUCUCGCGUCUACCUCAACACCGACACCCCCAGCAGCAGCAGCGCCGCAGCCGACAGAGCACUGCGCAAGGCAGCCGCUGGGCCACUCCAGCAAGGCACGGAGCUCGGCAAAGGUAAGAGCGGUGGCGCGGCAGGUCACGCGUCCACAGCUCUCGGCGAAGACGCCGACGCAGCGAACGCGCUUACAAUCACAGCAAAGAAUGCGCGGAGGCCCCUCGCGGGUGUGGACGCGGUUGAUGCGCCAGCGAGUGCAGCAGCAAAACGAUGGCGCGGGUGCGACACCGAAUUCUCGGACACGGUUCACCGGCCCGUCUCUGCGCACGACUUCACGAGUCUGCUGGGCACUUCGAUGGCGGCGCCUGCCGCUGCUGCAGCGGCCGCGGUGGUGGCCGUCGCCGGGGAGAGCGACGCCGCGCGCGCGGCUUUUAUCGAGGAGGAUGCGUGGCGAGAAAGCUUUCAGCGCGAGCUGGAGCGGCAGCGGCGCGAGCAGGCAGCCUUGAAGUUGGUCACCCGCCCAGACAACGGGGACGAGAAUGAGGUGAGCAGCAGCGGGUACUGGCUGGAGAAGGACCCCAACUCGGAAGCGAGUUGCGACACUUUCGAUGAAGACGAAGAGACGGAGCAGGACGACGCCACGUCUCCUCACUAG